AUGGACCAGUCCAUGAAACCACAGGAACUCCGUGACAGGAGAGCACUACAUCGCCAAAAGAGAGACUGGAUUAUUGAUACCUUCACCCUUCAAGAAGAGCUGCCUGGUCCUUAUCCAAUGCUAAUUGGCACGGUGAAGCUGGAGGAAGGGUUUUCGCUGCAGUACAAGCUGCAGGGGAAAGGAGUAGACGAGGAUCCCAAAGGAAUGUUCCAUAUUAACGAAGACACUGGAGCAAUUUACGCUCAUCAGAAAAUUGACUUUGAAACCACCCCUCUGUUUCAGUGGAAGUUCAACGCCAUCAACAAAACUUCCAGAGAAGUGGGUACAAGACUCGGUAUUCAUCUGAAGAUCCUGGACAUCAAUGAUAAUUCCCCAGAGUUCAAAAACAAGACUUUUUACGUCUCUGUUAAUGAAAGCGCUGUGCAAGGUUAUACGAUCUACACAUUGCUGGCUUACGACAAGGAUGAAGAAAGAAGUCCAAACUCAGUCGUCAGCUAUUUCCUCCGGUCUCAGACGCCCACCGACUCAAAUGUGCAGUUCACCCUUGAUCAGGACAAGGGGUUCAUCUCCUUUAAAGGGUGUCUAAAUUAUGAGACUAACAAGAAGUACAAGCUGGUGAUUGAAGCAAAAGACAACGGUGUGCUGAAACAGCAGAGCAGCACCAGCGAGGUCUAUGUGACUGUGCUAGAUAGAAACACCAAUGCUCCAACAUUUUCCAAGCCAUCUCUCCAGACCAAAGUACCAGAAAAGGAAGUCAAUGUGACCAUCUUGAGAUUUGGAGUAGUGGACAAUGAUACACCAUACACGUCGGGGUGGAGAGCAGUGUAUUCCAUUGUUGAAGGGAAUGAUGAUGAAAACUAUGCGAUUAUAACCGACCCAAAAACAAAUGAAGGCAUUCUUACUGUGGUGAAGCCCUUGGAUUAUGAAGAAACAACCAAGAGCCUCCUGUCCAUAUCGGCGGCAAAUGAGGAGCCAUUUUAUAGCUGCAAAAUCCUACAGAAGCCCAGCACAGGAAUGUGGGUCAUAGAAACUGAAAAAGGUCGGGCAGGAAAGACAGUGUCACCGACCGGUACAAUAACAGUAGACAUCCUAGAUAUGAAUGAUGCUCCAGUAUUCAAGCCUACAACAAUUCUAGUCAAUCUGCUAGAGCAUUCCAUCACACCAGGCACUACGCUUACAAAAGUGGAAGCAAAGGAUCCAGAUAUUGUAGCACCAAAUAAAAUCAAGUACCAUUUAGAAAAUGACACUGGAGACUGGCUGUCUAUUAACGAAGACACUGGCGUUAUCACAACCAAGAAAGAACUGGACCGGGAGUCAGACUAUGUAAUCAAGAGCAACUAUAUCGUGAAAGUUCUGGCUGUGGAUGACGGGGCUCCUCCAAUGACAGGUUCUGCCACUCUGCUUAUAAACCUGAAGGACAUUAAUGACAAUUCCCCUAGUCUGGAAAGUCCUUAUUUAACAACGUGUGAAAAGGAAGAGGAGGUUCUUCUCGUUACACCCAUCAUUGACAAAGACCUGGAGCCCUAUUCUGGCCCAUUCUAUGUUAAUGUGUUAGACAAAGACCAAGACAAGAUGCCUCUAAAACUUCUGAACUAUGAUGAUGAUAUUAUUAAGGUCAAGAAGGAGAAAGAUGCAUACCAAGGAAAUCACACUCUACACCUUGAGAUCUAUGACCGGCAAGGCAUGGUCUCCUUCCAGAACCUCACAGUGUAUGUCUGUGACUGCUUGGGUGGAGAGGCCUGCGUUGAAAAAAUGAUCGGCCCUCCGACUCUUGGUGGGGGAGCAAUCGCACUGCUUCUACUGGCUCCUGUACUAUUUCUUCUGCUUUGUUUCCUGCUGUGCAAAAUCCAGUGUGAGAAAGUCAUGGUCCCAGUUGAAAAUGAGCCCCUGAAUUCAAUCAUGGUGUACAACGAGGAAGGAGGACACAAGGACUGUGAGUUCACACCCUUGCUUGUUGAAUCAGUGAGGCGUCAAUCUCUUGCUGGCAUUUUACAUAAUGCGUCCAAUAGGCAUUAUCAUUCUUCUGCAGCUGCUAAUAGUCUUUCCCUGCAAAGAAAACAGUCAAAGAUCCUCGAGACAGCUUUAAUACAGAAGCUCAACGCCAAUAUGAAUGAAACCGAACUGUACAAGCCUCGAGUAUAUGCAGAGGAAGGAGAACUUACUAGGGCGUCCUCAUUGGACUCCAUUAGCAUCUCGGGAAGUAGCGUCCACAUGUUGAGCCUGCAAAGUUUUGGAUCCAAGUUUAACAUUCUGGAGAGCAUCUGUGAAGACCAUAUGAACCUCCCGAAGACUGACCCAACUAGUUUUCAGAGCCAGCAAGUAUAA